GCAGACAGUUGUCGGAUGAAUGGAGCAUGAAGUGGGAACGGAGAGGCGCACGCGAAGUGACCUGAGACGGGAACAGAAGGUGAGGAAUUGAAAGACACCACCGUGCGUGGGGGCACGUAGAACAAUGGUCCGGUAGAUACCCCACAUUCACCUCGAUAACUCCCACCACAUUGCAUGCCUUCCUUCUCAUUCAUCAUUUCGUGCUCUAUUUUCCUUUUUUCAAUUAACAGGAAAUACCGUUGCUCAGCAUUUGCCAAUUAUUUUACUUUGAAUUAUAUCUUUAUGAUACUCAUUAGGCAUUUAUGAAUGGUUAAAAAAGGAUAACAUGAAUGGGGUCCUUAAUUCCCACGCUUUAAAUACUGCUAGCAUUCCCGCGAUAGCAAUGGAAGCUGGAAUACAAAACCUAAAAGAAAGAAAGAAACUUGUGGGGUGUGUGUGAGUGUGAGUGUAAGUUUCCUUUGUCUUCACUCCACAGUCGUUGUUGGUGUUAGUUAUUGCUUACCCUUUAACUUAAUUCAUUAUUAGUAGUGGUGUUGAUUAAGUUUAAUUCCCAUUCAAUUUGAGUGUUUAAUUAGUUAGCCAAAACGGGUCUCCCUCUGUGGAUGCUUGGUUUCGGUGCGGACCUCUUGUGGGCCGACAUGAACCGCCUCCUCGCCUUUCUCUUCCAUCAGGGAGUGUUGGAUGAGCAUUUUUUGCAGCUUCAACAGUUGCAAGAUGAGACCUCCCCUAACUUCGUCUCCGAGGUCGUCAACAUUUAUUUCAAUGAGUCCGAGAAGCUACUCAGGAAUCUCAGAGGAUUGCUAAUGGAAAGGGAAUUCUCUGACUAUAAGAAAAUGGGAAGCCAUUUGAAUCAGUUGAUGGGUAGUAGCUCAAGCAUUGGUGCCAAGAGAGUCACCAACGUUUGUGUUGCCUUUCGUGCUGCUACUGACCAGAGCAACCGUGCUGGAUGCUUGCGAGCGUUAGAGAUGCUGGAGCAUGAAUAUUGCUAUCUGAAGAACAAAAUGCAUGAACUAUUCCAAAUAGAGCAGCAACGUGAUUUGGUAGCAGGAGUGAGAUAUCCUGGGCAGAAUCAAUAAAGCAAACGAAUUGGUGGAAUGAAUAAAUAUCUGGAUGAAUGUUUUUGCCCUUUUCUUCUCUUUGAACGCUAAAGGCACGCAUUUCUAGUUUUAGGUCCUAAAACCAAUUAUGUAGGGAACAGAAACAACGGAUUGUCACCGCCUUUGGUAUUUUGAAUUUUCCUGUAAAUAGUUGUAUCAUGCUCUCUUCUUGCAGCAUGCUUCGCUGUGAGUCGUUUAACUUUUGAAUGAAAAUUGAUCAGUGAAAAUCAAUCCCUAGUCAAUUUAAUGC